AUGGGAAGUGGGUCGUGGAUGUUCACCCCGCGGGAAGGCAAUAUGGCUGCUCAUAUUAUGGCACAUUCGACUACGAGUUGGAAUGAUCAGAUUGUUUGGUUAGAUAAUCCUCCUACGUUUCUAGUUGAUCAGCUAGAGCUGGACAAUGUAGUUCUGCUUAAUAAAAUUUGCAGAUUUCGAUUAAAAAAAAAUCGACUACUGAUCCACGAGCGUAUCUUUCACCACUUGAUUUUGUGA